AUGCCGCCCCCGCCCGCACGGCUGACGCUCUCGCGCAAGAAUAAGGCGCGCAAAGAGCAUGGGCGACCCGCACACUCGUCCGGCCUUCAACCCAUUCGCGCCAGCCAAGAACCUGAGCAUAUUCCCAAGCGCGCCAAGCAUGCUACUCGAGAGCCUGCUGCGGCUCUGUCGCAGGUCGCAGCCACGACACAUGUUCGAGAUGCCUCUCCACCCCCAACGCGCUUCUGGACCGGUUCGCCUCGAUCCCCUCGGUCCCCGCGGGCUUCCUGGGUCGCCCACUCGCCUGCUACAAGCAAGCGGCAACCCCGCACGCCGCCCCACAACCCCUCAGCCUCCCCGGGGCUCGCCAAACCACCGCCCGAGCCGGCAAGCAUCGAUGCCACUCGCCGCAUUGAAGCCACCUUCUGGUUCUUGCUGGAUGACUACAACCAUCGCCAUCAGAAACCCCUUGCGCACACGCCCAACACUGUUUGA